AUGGCCACGGACCCGAGAGGCAAAACAGACUCAGCCCUGGAGGUCAAGCUGCCCAACUCCGGACCCGAGAAAUUUUGUUUCUCGAAGGGCAAGAAAGGCUUAAGGCUAAAAUCCAGCGGCGAGUUUUCCUGGGACAAGCGACAGACGGGGCUGGGCGUUGCAGACGGAACAAUAUGUCCUCGGUUCCAAAUUGCGGGAGACAUGGGUGAUACCAAAGCUGAAGCAGGGGGAGGGAAAGGAGAAGCAAUGACGGUGGGAGUUUUAGUUAUAAACAAUGCUGUAAGACGAACGGUCCUCGAAGUCUGA